AUGCUCCUGCGCGUCCUAGGCAUCGCAUGCAUAACGAGCGCGGCCCGCGUCGAGGUCCAGGCCGACGCGACGACGGCCGAGGUCCGAGAAAUCGACUUCGCCCUCAUCUCGGCCGCGGCCGACGGCAACGCGACGGAAGUGAAGCGGCUGCUGGACAAGGGCGCCGACGCGACGGCCAAGACGAAGGAGGGCGAGACGGCGCUCCACACGGCCGGGAUUUCUGGAGACGCCGCGGUCGUGCGGCUCUUGGUCGAGGCCGGCGCGGACGUCCACGCGCGCGUCACGGCGCAGCGAGGUCUACGCAUGCCGCCCCUGGCGUGGUUCGUCUAUGGCCUGCACCUGGAAGGCGCGCGGGCUUUGCAAGAGGCGGGCGCGGACCUCAACUUGGUUUUCGACCGCGAAGACGGCAAGCAGCUCACGGUGUUGGACGUCGCGUCGGGCCUGGCGUCGGGCCACGAGCUCGUCGCCUUUAUCAGGGAGAAGGGCGGGAAGCGGUUCGACGAGCUGACCGAAGGUGAGAGAACAAGGUACGGGGGGCGUAA